AUGCGUCUUCCGUCAAUUUCCUCGCUUCUUUGCUUCGCGGGCCUGGUCGCUUUACCCGUGAAUGCCUAUGACGACCCAAAUAUCAAAAGCAUUCCCCUUCGCACCCAUAGCCUCGCUCCGCCAUACCUCGAUUCGGAUUUCCAAAGCCGCUGGUUCGACUUCGGAGGAGAUACAGUAGUCCGCGCUGACAAAUAUGUCCGCCUCACGGCUGACCGGCCAUCACAGCAAGGAUGGAUCUCCUCCCGCGUGCCUCUGACCGCAACCAAUUGGCAGAUUGAACUUGAGUUCGAGAUCCACGGUUCCGGCAACUUGCAUGGUGAUGGAUUUGCGCUCUGGCUCACCAAGGAGCGCGCCACGCAGGGCCCUGUGUUCGGUUCGACAGACAGAUUCGAGGGUCUCGGUAUCUUCUUCGACACCUACAAGAACAACCGUCCCGGCGUGUCGUUCCCCUACGUCAUGGCCAUGAUGGGUGAUGGACAGACCACUUACGAUCAAGCGCAUGAUGGCAAGGCCAAUGAGCUAGCUGGCUGCUCUGCUCGUGGUCUCCGCGGCGCCCCCGUUCCUACUAAAGCUCGCCUUACCUACUUCCAGGACAAGUCCCUGUCUCUGGAGCUGCAGUACAAGAGCGAAGACACAUGGACCGAAUGCUUCAAUCUCUCCGCUGAGGAUUCUAACAUCGCCAUCCCCUCCGUGGCAUACUUGGGUCUCUCAGCCGAGACCGGCGAGCUUAGCGACAACCACGAUAUUAUCUCUCUCAAGGCUGAGAACUUAUACUCUCUUAACCGCAGCAAUGCCAACAAAGGCAAAACUACGGAAGACCGGUCCAAGGGGCGUGAGCGCUCAUCCUCCAAGCCGAUCAAGGAGCCCAAGGAGAAGAGUAGCUGGACUUGGUUCCUCUUCAAGAUCGUACUUUUCUUCGCCGUUAUUGUCGGUGGUUACUUCGGCUGGACGGUCUACCGGACCAAGGCCCGGUCAUCGCGAUUCUAA